UUUUUUGGGUCGCAAAACAACAAUCGAGAGCGCGGCGAGAGAAAGCGCGAUUUGUUGAGUGUAUAUUGCAUUUGAAUAAUAUAGGUAGACAUUAUUUCUCAUAUACCUGUGCAGUUUGGCAUAUAUAUUGGUCAUCUAAGUUUAGUAAAAGAUGCCUGGAUUCAAAGGUGUUCGGGUAUCCAAAUUCCGGCAUGUCUUCGGCUCACCAUUCCAGAAGGAGAAAUGUUACGAGGGGUUGAGAAUAACUGACAACUCACAUGACAGCAACUUCUGCGCCGUCAACCCAAAGUUCCUGGCUAUUGUCUUACAAGCCGCUGGUGGUGGCGCUUUCACUGUCGUCCCUCUCAAAAAGACUGGUCGUAUUGAAUCAUCUUAUCCGAAGAUCGUUGGUCACUCCAGCACUGUACUGGACAUUAAAUGGAGUCCCUUUGAUGACCAUUUGAUAGCAUCAUGUUCUGAUGAUGGCCUGAUUAAAUUUUGGCAAAUUCCAGAGGGCGGUCUUCUAACAAAUCGAAGUGAAGCGGAUGCGACAUUGCAUGGUCACACAAGGAAAGUAACGUUUCUCAACUGGCAUCCGGCAGCUAUGAACAUCAUUGCUAGCAUUGGUUAUGACUUGAAGAUUAUCGUUUGGAAUGUUGACAACGCUGAGCAGGUCUCUGUUAUUGGUUGUCAUAGCAACAUCAUCUACUCCUUGGGUUGGUCGUGGAAUGGCAGCACCAUGGUAACCACAUGCAAAGACAAAAAAUUACGAAUCGUUGAACCAAGAACGGGUACAGUGUUAAAGUCCUCUCAGGAAAAUAAAGGACAUUAUGGAGUAAAACCUUUCAAAGCUAUAUUUGCUGGCCAAUCAGAUCUCAUAUUGACUGCAGGAUUUAUCGCACAUGGAAACCGACGCAUUAAUUUAUGGAGUAAAGAAAACCUAGAUUCUCCGCUGAUGUCAAUAGAAGUGGAUUCAGGUAGCAGUAGCAUCUUUCCAUUCUUUGAUUAUGACAGCAAUAUUCUGUUCUUAGCUGGAAAGGGUGAUGGCAAUAUACGUUACUACGAGGUAACUGAUGAAAAGCCUUAUUUGCAUUACCUAUCGCAACACAUGGCACACGUUCCUCAGCGUGGUAUUGGCAUGAUGCCAAAACGUGGCCUUGACACUUCUCGUAAUGAGAUCAUGCGUUUUUACAGAGUCUGCACUAUAAAGAACAUGAUAGAACCGGUUUCGAUGAUUGUACCACGUCGGUCUGAUUAUUUCCAGCCUGACAUAUACCCUGACACACCUGGUAAAGAUCCAGCUUUGACAUCUGAUGAGUGGGUCAGCGGGAUAGACAGAGAUCCUAUUUUAAUGUCUUUUGGUGGCUGCAGUAGGCCCAACAUGCUUAUUAUCGAAGAUGGAGAGGUUAAAACUUCAAAGGAAGCAGCACCAACACAGAAACUUGCUCAGGUACCAAAGAAAAUGCCUUACAGUGGAGGGGAUGUUACAAAACCAGCGGAACAAUCAAAACCAACCAGUGAAAGAACUUUUAGAGCUUCUCCAAGACAAAGUCCAAGAGCAGGAUCACCGAUUUCACUGCCAGAGGCCAAUGGAAAGGAUUCCAACGGAAAGGAAUCUAAUGGUAAUGUAAGUAAGGAGGAUGUUUUAUUGUCACCCAGAGAAGUCAAGAAGAAAAUGUUGACAGACAGGUUUUUGGCAUCUGUAGAAGAGAGGAAAGUUUCAUCAAAAACUGAAGUAAUGUCUGACUUGGCAGGAAUACCAAAAAAACAUGAAUGGAGAAGUGAAGAGAGUCUUCCAAGGAGUCCCAGCUCAGAGGGUGAUAAAUUUGAGCUUCAGAGACUAAAAUCUCCAGUUGAACCUGAUUCAGAAGAUAAACUGAAGAGAACAACCAGUGUUGACGGCAGACCCCAGGAAUCGCCACAACAUAGAAAAAAAGAAACCAGCGAUACAGAGGCUGAUGGCAAUGUGACACCAGCAGGAGCUGGAGAGACUUCUAACAAUGGAGAAUCAACCCAGAGUAGAAUUGAUGCAUGGAGAAACAAAAUUGUUGAUCCAAGCUCUCCGCAAACCUCACCUAAACUUAAUGGUAGAGUUCAGCGGCAAACUUCAGCAUCAUUCAAUUCAGCCCUGUCCAUGAACGAAAUCCCCACGGCAGAGAUCCGUCCACGCAUAACUAGUCAAGAAAAAGCGAUACCAAAACAAGAAAGCGCAGGCUCACCAAAAGGCGAGAGGCUUCUCGGUAGAGUUGGAACGGCCAGGGCGCGUUAUGCUGAGGAAGUUGACAAGAGGAACAAGCAACAGCAAGAUUUUAAUAGGAUACGCAAGCAACGAUCUCAUUCCCAGGAUGUAGAGGGUAAAGAAUGGGAGAAAGCCACUCAGAAGCCAAGUGAAAAGCAAUCCAUUUCUAGAUCCCAAAGCCUUAGGGAGGAAUCCGAGCUCAAGACCUCAUCAGAAUUUGGAGUCGAACAGCUUCGGAAGGCCUACCUAAGGCAGAUGGAUGAAAUCAAGCAACUAAAGACACAGAUCUUACUGAAAGACCAGAGGAUCAAACAACUUGAAAAAGAGCUUGACAAUUCCAGCAACUAGUACCGCAAAAAAACAAACAAACAAAACACAUGAACACAAGUUACCAACAUCAUUGAUUUUGUUCAAGGUUUUAUGGUGUUACAAUGGAAUGAGAUGGUAUAGGUGCUAACAACAAAUUUGUUGUCACACUACUAGGUGAUUAAGCCAAAUGUUGAAAUAAAAAUUUGGUGUAAUUCAAUUUUAUAAAAUGAUCACAAUACAAAUAUUUCAUUUUGAUCCAACAAAUUCAUACAAAAGCAUGUAGAACAGAUUUUUUCUAGCUGUCAGAAACACACUAAUUAACUUUUUGGUGUUAAACACACCAAAGGAUAAUCUGCAAAAGUCUGAAGACUUAUUUUCGGUAGAUCAUUCAUUCUGGAGUAGUGAUUUGGAGGGACGGAUCCAGAAUUUUUCAAACGAGGCACAAAAUUUUCAGGAUAAGUUAGUGGCGCUUAUUUCAUUGUGUACAUAAUAUUGAUAUGCAUUGAAAUUUAAAAUUGAAUGGCAAGACUAGCUUCCCCCCCCCCCUUCCCCUCCCACUGGAUCUGCACCUGAAUUGGCAAGUACACUGGGAGUCAAUCCCCUACUUCUUUUCUGCAACGUUUACUGCAUAAUUUAUCCUUCACAUGGGCCACAUUGCACAUGGGACCAGCAUCAUAAACGUCUUAUUCCAGAAAAUUAUGUGCUAUUCAAAACUUGUAAUUCAGCCCUCGAGAUAAACGAUCUACACAGUUCAGCAUACACACACAAUGGCUACCACUAGUUUAGCCAAGAAGCUCAUAAAAGUACAUUAAUGGUUUAAUUUCUUAAAAUGCAGUAUUCACUAGGUUGGCAUGAUUUUACUCAUACCUUCUUUCUAAGCAACAAGAAAAUGCAUCAAUCCUUUGAAAAGAAAUUGUGAAUGCAUAUUGAUGUAUGGUUGGCAUGUCAUGUGAAUUUCACUUAUUGUGCACCAUGCCAAAUUUAAGUGGUGUCCCAAACUUUAUUUCUGGUUAAUGGAUUUGGUGUCUCCAAAUUCUGAAUUAACUCACUUGUUGGUAGUGCUGCCCAAAAAUGGGAAAUUAAAAAAAAUUGAACACUUGAGGCAAUCUAACAAUUGGGCCUCUGUCUACUACUGCAGGUUGUUUAUAUAACUUGGUCCAGACAUCUAUGUCCUCUGCUGAAAUUUGCAUCGAAUUUAAGCGUUCACUGAAAUUCAUAUCAAAUUGUAGAAUAAUUUACAUUUAUAUUGUUAAUAAUAGAUUAUAUGUUAGUCUCAAAAUGUUGUUAUUGGUCAAGUAGAUCAUAAUACAAUAAUAUGAUAUGUUGAAUCUCAGGAGAGAGGUGUGGUCACUGAACAUUAACUGUUCAUAUUCUUUAGCUAUAAUUGUUUAUCUACAGUGUACUACUUUUUUAUGUCAUUGUUAUAUUUUUUAAUUAUAUCAUGUAUUUGAUACAGUUUUCUUGUCUAUAUUUUGAUACUAAAAUGCAGUAAAACUAUUUUUAAUUCUAACUAUUGAUUAUUUUUAUCAGUCAUUUUUUUUUAUAUAUAAUUUUUGUUCAACUGGUAUUUUGAUAAUAUUUGCUGCCCUCUACAUUCUAAUUUAUUUAAACUAUAAAACCUAUAAUUAUGGACCAUAUUCUUGAAAGUGAACUAAGUUAUUCCUGGUUUAAAUCUUUUUGAUGGGCCUUUUGUUUAGGCCUGAAAUAAAUCAUAAAAUUAUCUAUUUAGUUUAAAAUAUAAAUAAAGUGAUACAUAUGAUUAAGAAUAUUAUAUACUUAGUUGUUUUUAUUUUUUUGCACAGUACAAAAUUCAUCGCACUUGCAGUAACCGUCUUUGUUAGUCCACUGUUAAACCAGGGGUCUCGGCAGACUAAAAUUCAACUGAUUUAGUCCUCGACUGUUUUUAGAUAGUCCUGGUGUAAAUCCAGAUUUUGUCCAGGUCUAAAGUUAGUCCACUUUCAAAAAUAUGGACCUAUAAUUUUACUGGUCUUUCAUGUAUAAUUUACUUAUAUCACAGAAUAUAGAGUGUAAUGUUACCUUUGGUUUUUAUUAUUUUCUUUGCACAAAGUAUGAAUUAUAUAUUUUAAGAAUGAACAAUUUAUUCAUGUCAUUUGAUAAAAUUGUAAUAAUUCCUUAAUUAAGUAUGUUUUUUUUUUUUCAAGGUGAUUUUCUACCAGGUGUGGUAUUGUAUGUGUAGUUGUUCCUUGAUGUAAUACAUAUUAUAUUUAUAUGUAAAAUAUUUGUAAUAAUAAACACUAGCUUUACUCUUAAUUUAUUUCACUUGCUAUAAAUACAUUAUAUUUAUAUUCUAAUAAAUUUAUUUAUAGAAACUGUCAGUGUAUGAAUCUAUCAGGAUAUAUAUCUUAGCAUGUAUAUGAACCAGUAUAUUAUAUAUAUUCAUUAAUGAGAUAAAUAUAGAUAUGAAUUUAUAUUGCUUUGUUAUGUCUAGCAAUUUGUAUAUUUACAAUACCUAAAGAUUUAUGUAUAAAAAUAAUCCCAAAGAAUCGAACGUUCAGUUUCAUUUUGCCUAGUAUCACAUGGAAAAUGAUUAAAGAUGGAAAGAUACCGUAAAACCUUGGAUGGGUUUGUUUUUGAGAUGGCCUGUUUUCGACGUGAACUUCUUCAAGAUUAC